CUCAAGUGGGCGUGGCCUCGGAGGAAAAUCGCAGUCGUCACACACCCUGAUUUCUCACUUUGACGACGGGCUCCCAGCAGAGCGGUUGCAUAUCCCCAAGAGGGCCGCGUCGACGUCAGAGACGACCCCUUGAGAAUCAGGAUGUCCUUAUAUGGUGGUUUGCUGUCACUCGACCAAUUCCAGUGCUCAAUCUGCUUGGACAUUUUUAAUAACCCGUCGUCCACGCCGUGUGGCCACAGCUUUUGCGUCGCCUGCAUCAACCAGUAUUGGGAUGGGGCUAAGGUAUGUCAGUGUCCUCUGUGCAAAAGGACCUUCCAGAAGCGUCCGGACCUCCAGAUCAACCGGACCCUCCGUGAGAUCACCGAGCAGUUCAGGUCCAUGUCCGGGGGCGGGGCAGAGGGAGGAGGCGUGGCCAAGGACAAGAAGGAAGUAAAAGGGCGAGAGUGCGCCAUGCCCAACGACUUGUUGGACGAACUGACAAGGAAGCUGCCACGACCCCACGCUAGCUUGCCAGUGAGCAUCCACGAGCAAGGUGGUCAAGCCAUCCCCGGGACUCUCGUGUCCACAUCCUUCACGGCCUCUUCCGUCCCGGUCCAAAGUCCGAUCUCUGCACCCGGUGGACCCCCCCAAGUGGCCCCGCGCUUGGUCGAAUCCUACGGCCGAAGAAGGUUCACCGUGAGCGGGGCGGCGAGCGGCCACAGCAUUCCUCUUUGCGACCUUCACCACAGGGGCAUCAUGAUUUUCUGUCGCACCGACGGGGAGUGCAUCUGUCCCAACUGCGAGGUCGAGACCCAUUCCGGUCACGACACCGUGACGGUGGAAGCGGCGUGGACAGAGAAGCAGGCCCAGCUCAAAGAGACAGAGCAGCAGACUCGGGAAAUGAUCCAAGAAAGACUCCUGAAGAUCGAAGAGAUCCGAACAUCGGUAUCCCAACUGGAGCUGGUGGUGGAGCGGGCCACGACGGACAGCGUCUGCAUGUUCUCGGCGCUGAUGGCGACCAUCGAGCGAGCGCAGGCCGAGCUGAUGCAGGUCAUGGAGGCCAAUCGGCGCGCGGCGGAGAACCAGGCCAACACGUUGAUACGACAACUGGAGUUGGAGGUGGAAGAACUGCGAAAGAGGCAGAGCGUUCUCACACAACUCUCCACAACCGACGACCACCUGCAGGGUGUCAAGAAUUUCGCCACAGUCCCUGCUCCUCCGCCCACCAAAGACUGGUCGGGCGUUUCCGUAUCGUCCGACCUGGGGAUCAGCGCCAUCUACAGGUCGCUGGCUGGUGAGGUGGAAAAGUUCCAGGAGCAGCUGAGGGGCAUCACAGAGACAGGUUUCACUGCCUCAUCGUUGGAGACCAGUCUGGCACGUCCUCAGCCAAAGAUGAGAAGAGUGCAAGAGUACGCAGUGGACGUAACUCUGGACUGCAACACGGCCCAUCCCAGACUUAUCCUGUCCGACGACAUGAAGAGCGUGCGCUGCAGCGAUCGACACCAGUUAGUUCCCGACAACGUGGAGCGGUUUGAUCGCGUCGUUUGCGUCCUGGGGAGGGAGGCCAUCUCCUCCGGGCGACAUUACUGGGAGGUUCAAGUGGGCGGGAAGACGGACUGGGAUCUGGGCGUCGCCAAACAGUCCAUCAACAGGAAAGGCAAGAUUGAGGUGACACCAAAUAAUGGAUACUGGUUCCUCAGUUUGAGAGACAAGAACAAGUACGCUUUUCGCACCGAGCCAUCUACCGACGUCCACCUCAAUCUCCGACCCAACAAGAUUGGGAUUUUUGUCGACUAUGAACGAGGACAGGUUUCCUUCUACAACGUGGAGGCCAAAAUGCACAUCUAUACGUUCAACGACACGUUCACAGAGUUCAUCCUCCCCUUCUUCAGCCCCUGCACCAACAGGUCCGGAAAGAACGACGGGCCGCUCGUCAUUACGUCCGUCGACAUGUCGGAAUGAGCCAACCCAACACGCCCUGUUUGCUUGAUGCCACACCUGAUUCACGUUGAUUCUUCUUGCUGGAUUUCUUCAAUCGAUUGAAACUGUCUUAUUUCAAAGAUAUUCACGCAAGCAAAAAACAAAUAUACAGCUUGAUUGUUUUAGAUCAAA